GGGGAAGGAUAUUCUGCUAAAAUUAUUGGCGUCUACAUGAAAGGGGGAUUGAAAAUUAGCGCAAAAAAAAAUUGUCGUGCGAAUUUAAAAAAAAAAAUUCCGUUGAAAGUCCUAUCUCAAAAAUAUUGUGUUGACGUAACGUACAGAAGCGCCCUUUGGAAUUCCUCCUUAUGUUCUUCGUGUUCCCAAUGCGCGGAAACCAUGGCAACGGAAGAGAGAGUAAAAUUGCUCGUAGCAGCGAGGAAAGGAAUUUACGAAGAUGUCGUUUCCUUGUCUAAGUUGCAAAUUCCUCUGGGGGAUUACGUCCAGCCUCCGCAUAACAGAACAGCCUUCUGGUAUAGUUGCCGGAAUGGGAGCCUAAAGAUGGCUAGGAUAAUUUUGAAAAAAGGAAGUAACAUAAAUCAUAAGGAUGCCAACGGAAUAUCUCCCCUUCAUAUCAGCGUCAAAUAUGGGCACCUAAACAUUGCCAAGUUCCUCAUCGAAAAUAAUGCCAACGUGGACAUAACAGACAAUGUUCGGAUGAAAGGGUGGAGCAGUAAAGAAGGCCCUUACAAUAUAGGAGGGAUGCUCGUCGAACGUGAAGGACAGAGCCCCAUCUUUUACGCCAUAAUAAACAAGCACUACGACAUCGUCAAGCUUCUGAUAGAGAAUGGAGCCGACGUUCAAAUGAAAGACCACAACAAUGCCAGCGUGUAUGACUACGCAGACUUUAGUGGAAGGACGAAGCUCUCCUCCUACAUACUCUACAAGAGUAACAUACAAUAA